AUGCUGGCAGAAGGCGACGCAAGGAUUGCCGAUGUGUGUCGCCUCUUGCAGGACAAUGCCGAUGUUGCAGCCCUUUGGAGAGAUUUCCAACGUUUUGCCGAGCAGCUACGGCAAAGCAGCAAGAUGGAUCGGUUGACUUUGGCGUGUGAGCUGCACACAGCUGUGAGUCUGGACACGCUGACGCCCAGCAUCCACUUCCAUCUCAUGUUUGACUCCAGACAGACGGUGACGCUGCCGAAGCCCAGUCUGUUGUUUCGUGGCGCCGUUCCGCAUCAGUCUGUGGAGUGCAAGCAAGCCCGUGGGAAAGCUUGCCGAAAGGCCUACGACCAGGGGCACUACUACCUGCAGGUGCCAAAGACUGGCUCCAUUCAUAUGACGACGACAGCAGCAGCCUUCACCACCUUCCCUGUUGCUCCGGAUUGGAUCACCAACUUAUGGCAGGCCUGUAAAAUCACGGAGCAGGUUGCGGAGCAGGAGUAUUUGCGCUGCAAGAAACACGUGAAAGCCUACUUAGACAACAUGAAGUUCCAUGCCCAAUGCGUGCAGACACAGGUCGUCAAAGCGAGGAAGGCGCAAGAUCUCCAGGAGCUUCAGCCCCUCAUGAAAAAGGCCGUCGUGAUCGAGCAAGUCCAGCGUGACUUCCUUCCACAAUUUACCCGACCCAUGUUCAGAAGGAGCUUUUUGGUACUAAGUGGACCCACGCGCCUUGGCAAAACAAUCUUUGCCCGCAGUCUCUUCGGUCAUCGCGAGACACUAGAACUCAACUGCUGUGGAGUGAGUCAACCUGAUUUGCGUGCCUUUGACAAUUUGCUGCAUCGAGCCAUCUUGUAUGACGAAGCUUCGACGGCUAUGGUGCUCAGCAACCGUCGCCUUUUCCAGGGAUCUACAGAAGAGGUCACGCUCGCUCAUUCUGGAACAAACAUGUUCACCUACAGUGUGUACGUCUACAACGUCGCCAUGAUCCUGACAUCGAACUCUUGGCUACGUGAGCUGGAGGAAUUGCCGAGAGAGGAGCGCGAGUGGCUCGAAGGUAAUUCAAUUUGUAUAAAUUGCACGCAGCCGCUUUAUGAGACGUAA